AUGAGUUCAGGAACAGAAGCAAUGGCAAAACGUAAAUUAAUAGCAACAAUAGCAGAUGAAGAUACAGUAACAGGAUUACUUCUAGCAGGAAUUGGACAAAUUUCAAAUGAACCAGGUAAAGAAACUAAUUUUUUGACAGUUAUACCAGGUAAAACUUCAAUAGAACAAAUUGAUGAAUCAUUUGAUAAUUUUACAAAAGAAAGAGAUGAUAUUGCUAUUUUAUUAAUAAAUCAACAUUUAGCUGAUUUAAUUAGAUUUAAAGUUGAUAGUUAUACAAAUGCAUUUCCUGCAAUUUUGGAAAUUCCUUCAAAAGAUCAUCCUUAUGAUCCUGAAAAGGAUUCAAUUUUGAAAAAAGUUAGAAGAUUAUUUGGAGAAUAG